AUGACGGGCUCCGCAGGAGCGGCUUCAGCGGCUACUUCCAGCCGCGGAAACAGGAAUUUUUCACAGGAAGGAGACUACGAGAUGAUUUUGCCGAAUUUGCCAACAGGUCGUUUUGUUAUUAAUACAGUUUUUCUUCACGGGGACGUUCAAGCGCGACCUUACCGAGUAGAGGACUUUCGCGACGCGCUGGCUGGGUUGACGCUGCUUCCUGAGGUUAUCGCCUUAGGGGCGUAUCGAAUGAGCCAUGUGUGGGCCGUAACUUUCAAGAGUGCUGAAGCCGUCAAGAAGAUACUCGCUGCAAGUGAAAUGAAGGUCAAAGGCCGACGCUGCGUCGUCAUUGAUCCUGGAAAUCAAGAUGUAAGAAUGAAAGUUCACUGGCUACUACACAAUAUUCCAGACGACGACGUGCGCGUGGCUUUCCUGCCUUAUGGAAGAGUGACGGAAAUCAGCAGAGAACGGUGGCGUGUUCACGGAAUUGCUGACAAGGGGUCCACCACCCGGUUGGUGUCCCUGCGACUCAAAGCCGGCGUCAAGCUUGAAGACCUACCACACCAGGUGAACGUCGCAGGCGAACAAGCUUUGGUUGUCGUAUCGGGUCGUGCACCAAUGUGCCUUCGCUGUCAUACGACGGGGCACAUCCGCCGCGACUGCAGAGUUCCAAAAUGCAGCGCAUGCCGAAGAUUCGGACAUGAAGAAGGACAAUGCCCUAAGACAUACGCCAGCGUCACAGGGCCUUCGAGUGCUGAGGAACCAUCCGAGCUCCUCAUGGACGAAACCGACGCCGAGGAAGCUGCCAAGCCUUCAGGUGACGCCGCAACCGGAAAAAUGGUAACAUUGUCAGCCAGCAAAUCUAAGCUGGAGGAAAGGCGUGAACCACCAGCGGGCGAGCCUCAAGACCAAGGUCCGGCAGUCGUAAAAGCUGCCACAUCGAAAGACACCUGUCAACCUACCAGCGAGGAUACAAAGGUGGCGGAAAACCAAGAGACUUGUAUGGAAGUCGUCGAAAGCGCCAGUGGACAGCCCAUCAAGCGGCCAUUAGAGGAAAGCGUCGAGGAAAAGGCGGACAAAAGAGGUGAAGGGACAGAACCACCGUUCAAGGAAAUGACCACAAGGCGGACCUCAAUAAAACCACGGCCGAAUAUUUCGGCCGAGCGACGGUCGGCGGACAAACCGCCGCCUUGACGCUGAGUCUCCGCAUGGGACUGUGUGGGUGGUCUUCGGGGGAGUUUUCGGGGACUAUGGUCGGACUGAGUGCAAGUGUUGUGA